AUGUCGAAAACUCGAUCCAAGACGUCGGUACUACGAGGCCUGCUGGCAACAUUUUCGGGAAUCUACAGCUUUAUGGAAAGGUACAACGAGGAUAGGGAUUCCGGUGAGCUGGCGGUGCGACUGGAAAAACUCGACCCACUGUGGGAAAAGGUCGAAGAAGCGUUUACAGAAGUGGAGGAUGCGGAUGGUGAGGCUGGAGGAGAGGAAAAUCGGUAUGUAAAAGAUCGCCUUGAUUUUCAAAAUAAAUUCUUCGAGUUGAAGGCAUUCCUAACUUCGAGAAUUCGGAUGUGCUCUGAAAUUAGUGCUGCAGUACCGACCCAUGAGUCCACCAUUAUUACCUCCUCGCAUCCACAUGUUAAGUUGCCACUAAUUAGUCUGCCUAAAUUCUCGGGAAAUGUGGGAGAUUGGUUGGCCUUUCGGGACUUAUUCUUGUCGCUAAUUCAUCAUUCACCGGACUUGCCAAUGAUUGAAAAAUUUCAUUACUUGCGAAGCCAAUUAGAAGGAGAAGCAUUAUCGGUAAUUUCGUCGUUAGCUUUGACACAAUCGAAUUAUAUGAUCGCAUGGGACUUGCUUGUAGCACGGUAUUCCAAAAACAAGGUUUUGAAAAAACGGCAGGUUCAGAACAUCUUUGACCUUCCUGUAUUGAGGAAAGAAUCGGCCACGGAUCUCUACAAGCUGGUUGAGGGUUUUGAUAAGGCGACAAAGGUUUUGGAUCAAGUCAUUCAAGCAUCGGACUACAAAGAUCUUCUCUUGAUUCACGUUUUGAGUUCUCGGUUGGAUGAUAAAACACGUCGGAGUUGGGAGGAACAUUCGUCCACAAUGGAAGCGGAAACUUUGAAAGAUUUUGUUGAGUUCUUGCGUCGUCGAAUCCAUAUUCUAGAUUCUCUACCCACAAAAACUAUUGAGCCAACCCAAUCACUUAAUCGGAAAUCCAAUCAUAUCAAGGUCGCUAGUCACGGUGCGGUUCAAUUACCAUCGGAAUCCUGGAAAUGUAUCUGCUGUUCAGAGUCUCAUCCUUUACACACGUGUCCUGUUUUUGGAAGGUUGCCAGUGGAGGAAAGGGAAAAGCGUUUGCGUCUUCAAUCGCUUUGCCGGAAUUGUUUUCGUAGGGGACACAGGGCUCAAGAGUGUACAUCUAAAUUUUCCUGUCGGCGGUGCAAAGGGCGCCACCAUACAUUAGUAUGCUUUAAAACGGAAGAGGUCCAAAAUUCACAACGGGUGAAAUCUGGUGGUCCUAGGAUUGGUCAAGCAGUUAACGAUGGUGCAUCUACUAGCACAGGAAAUGAAGCGCAGAGGGUAGCUUCCAAUGUGGUCAGAACAGCUCAAAAAAUUCUCUUGGCCACGGCGAUUGUUUGGGUGCAGGACGAUUCUGGUCGCAAGGUUCCUGCGAGAGCACUGUUGGACUCUGGAUCCGAAUGUAACAUCAUUUCCACGUCACUAUCCCAGAGGUUACGAAUCCAACGUGGAAGGGUGCAGGUUCAAAUCAGCGGAGUAGGACAGGUUCCUACAAAUACAAAGGAGAGGGUGCGAGCUACGAUCCAAUCACUUCAAUCCGAUUACUCGCAACCGAUGGAGUUUUACGUGCUGCCCAAGGUAACCGAGGAUCUUCCCACGUCAAACAUUUCUAUUUCCACUUGGUGCUUGCCAGAAGAAAUCAAAUUGGCGGAUCCGGACUUUUUCAAAUCAAAUCCUAUCGAUCUUCUUCUUGGUGGCGAGUACUUUUUCUGCUUUUUCCCAACAAAGCAACGGAUUCAACUGGGUGAAGGACUUCCAAUGUUGGUUCACUCAGUUUUCGGAUGGCUGGUUACUGGUCGAUGUGGUGUAAGCAGUGGAGAGGCUCCUAUUCUAUGCCAACAUUCAUCAAUCUCACAAUCCUUGGAAAAAUUGAUGAGCAAAUUUUGGGAAAUCGAAGAAGGUCGGUCUUCGUCCAAAUAUUCCGUAGAAGAAACCCGAUGUGAGGAAAAUUUUAUUGAGACGGUAAAAAGAGCAGACGAUGGUCGGUACAAGGUUGGUUUGCCGAAAUCCCCCGAAGCUGUGGCUCGUCUCGGAGAAUCCAAAUCUGCUGCUCUACGAAGAUUGCUACAAUUAGAACGCCGUCUAGGUCAGAACGAAUCGCUGAGGAGCGAAUACAAUGACUUCAUGUCUGAGUAUUUAAGUCAUGGUCAUAUGAGAAAGGUUAUAGAACCCAACGAUAAUAUUCCCCACUUCUAUCUUCCCCACCAUCCGGUAAUCAAAACUUCCAGCACCACAACACGUGUGCGGGUUGUGUUAGAUGCCUCGGCAAAAUCAACAAAUGGAAUUUCCCUCAACGACGCACUUUUAAAUGGGCCAGUGAUUCAAGAUGAUUUGCGAACGUUGAUAAUUCGAAGCAGGUUUUUCCCCAUAAUUCUGAUUGCCGAUGUUGAAAAGAUGUUUCGGCAGGUUUGGAUUGAUGCUGCAGACUUGCCACUACAGCGAAUUCUGUGGCGUUUUUCCCCAACUGACCCCAUCGACACAUUUGAACUUUUGACCGUUACUUACGGCACAAAGCCAGCUCCAUUUCUUGCGACACGUUGUCUGAAAUAG